AGGAACCAGCAGAAAAUGCCCCUCUUGGAGAAGGGCUGCAAUAGGCUGUGUUUUGUCCGUAGGGUUCAACGCGUGGGUCCCCUACAGCCUCGGGACAGGCAACGCGAAGCAGUUACAGGCUCCGGCCGCCGCUCCCUGCCCCGGAGCUUGCACGCAGGGGGCCGGGCCAGCCCCGCGCGGAGGCGCUGGAGGAGGAGGAGCCGGGCCGGAGCAGGGAAGUAUCGCGGUGCUGCCGCCGCCAGUCGCUCUCCGAGCGCGGAGGGAGGGAGCCGGGCUCCCGAACGGUGUGCGGGGCGAUGGGGUCGCGGGCCCGCCCCACUCCUCCCUGGGCAGCCGGCAGCUGGUGAAGCCCGCAGGGCGCAGACCCGGAGCCCGGGACAUGGCAACCGAGCCCCCGCGCCGAGCGCCGCCUCCGCCUGCGGGGCGUCCGGACAGCGGGCAGCGCCGCGCUGGGGACGGGGAGGAGGCCGAGCCGCUGCGGGGCUCCGCGCUCGAACCGUCCAGCCCCUCAGUCGCGGUAUACUGCAACAUCCAGAUGGCACAGUCUUGAAGCAAUUGCAGCCACCGCCUCGGGGUCCCAGAGAACAAGAGUUCUACAACAAGGUUUAUGCUGCUGACUGUUGUGACAGUGUUCUUCUAGAGCUGCGGAAAUACUUGCCAAAAUAUUUUGGCAGCUGGUCACCACCUACUGCACCUAAUGAUCUAUACCUAAAACUGGAAGAUGUGACCCGUAAGUUUAAUAAGCCAUGUAUAAUGGAUGUGAAAAUAGGCCAGAAAAGUUAUGAUCCAUAUGCUUCAGCUGAGAAGAUUCAACAACAGGUCAGCAAGUACCCACUAAUGGAAGAAAUUGGGUUCUUGGUGCUAGGCAUGAGGGUUUACCAUAUUCAUUCCGACAGUUAUGAGACACAAAACCAGCACUAUGGAAGAAGCUUAACAAAAGAAACAAUAAAAGAGGGAAUGUCCAGGUUUUUUCAUAAUGGGUACUGCUUGAGAAAAGAUGCUGUUGCUGCCAGUAUUCAAAAGAUUGAAAAAAUCUUGCAGUGGUUUGAGAGCCAGGAGCAGCUUAACUUCUAUGCAAGUUCAUUACUGUUUGUUUAUGAAGGUUCAUGUCAGCUGACAGCCACAAGGUUGAGUGAUGGCACUUUAGCAGAGAAGAGAGUAGUGCCUAAAGGACUGUUACAAGAUGGAGACUUACUGGAGUAUAAUAAUAAUAUUCAUGUAAUAAAUUCUACAGAGAAUGGAAAAAGAGAGGCCUCUGUAGGUAAAAGCUUGCCUAAAAUUUAUGCAUUUCACAAAAAGGCAUAUUCAAAGAGGCACCACAGUCAGAUCUCACUAAAAACCGAAAACCUGGAGCAAGACAAUGUAUGGAAAAGCAGCACUUGCAUUUCCCAAGAACAUCUAAAUGGAAAUGUUAUACCCCAACUGGAAAAGGUUUUCUGCCAUAUGCCCAAAGAGAUGAAGGAAAAUGCAGAUGUAGAAGUCAAAAUGAUAGAUUUUGCUCAUGUGUUUCCUAGUAACACAAAGGACAAGGGCUACAUUUAUGGUCUGAAGAAUUUAAUUACUGUACUUCAAAAUAUUUUGGAUAACUAAAUUCUUUGUUAUGGAUUUUAGUGGGGGCCAAUGAUAACGAAAAGCAACAACAUAAAAAAAUUCUGCUCUUGUAAUGCUGUAUAACUGGGUUUGUAUUGUUCUACUACAUUUUAUUUGUCUUUGUACUUUUGGUAGAAGGGUUUAACUUUUUAUACUCUUACUCAGGAAAAUUAAUUGGUAGUUGAUUAGUAAAGUAUGAAAGGAUACAAUUUUUAGGAAGUUCAAGAAGUGGUGAUAGUGGAUAUCUGAAUUAAUGUAAUGAAACAUGCUUUGCCCAAAUCAAAGGAAAAGUGCUAUCUCAGAGUUAAUGAUUGAGGUAGCUCCCGAUAACUGCUUUAGGUUAGAUGAUGUCUGUCAACCUAGCCUUGACACUGAGCCAUAUCUAAAUUAACAGGUUGUUGGAAGAUAGGCAGAAAACUAGGCUGAUGUCCUCAGUAUUGCCCUCCGAUGAUUACUACAUUGUUAAAACUGGAGUAACCCUACUUUGAGAGAAAUCCUAUUUACAUGCUGAAUUCUAAUUUAGCAACCAGCAUAUCAAGUGGUGCUUCUUAAAGAAAUGGCAUGAUAUUGCUGCAUUCUAAAAACUGGUAGGAGCUUCCCCUUUCUCAUGGGUAGCCCUUAAUGUAAGUUCAUAGUCGACAGACUACAAUGUAAUUAAUGUGUAAGUGGUAUUGAAAUGCUGGACUAAAGAAUCAUAAAUGAAAAUGACUUUAAUUGUAUAUUUGAGUGAGAAGUCUUUAUGUUUUAAAAGGAAAAAGUAAAAUCUAGAAAUCCCAUCUUGUAUUUGAUGUAAAAUUCCUAAGCCUGUUCAGGUUAUCUUUCUGCCAUUGUGAUUAAAUGGAGAACUGGAGAACUUC